AUGAAGUGGCCUAUUUGUGGACCAAAACUAUCCCUCUGUUGUACCAUCAUAUCAAUAUGGGGUAUAAUACAAUUCUUGUUAAUGGGUAUAUUUUUUAUUGUACAAGCAGCACCACUCAUAGAUGAUUUCGAUUUCGAUGAUAAGAAUGCAACGGAUACAAAAGUAUUCGAGGAAGGUCUCAAAGCAGCUUUUCAUCAACGUGCUUACAAUUGUUGGAUUGCAGCUUUUCUUUAUGUUGGUUUAUUGAUAUUUACUGCCAUACAAUUUAGAAUUCAUUUAAAACAAUCAUCAAUACCUCCUGUUCCUCCAACAAUUACAUCACCAUUUGCCGGUGUUACAACAGAAGGAAAUGGUAUUAAUUCACAACAUGGAAUACAAUUUAUUAAUGAUCAUAGUGAAACAUAA